AACGCAACCGUGUGAUCACGUGGUAAACACCACGCAUGUAGACCUGCCUACACCUGGACACGCCCUUACCUGCACGAUCCAGGAAACCUGGGAAUGUCUGAAAGUCUUUGUACUUUUUUCUAGAACUGUCGCCCUGUUCGCUGUGGAUCUACUCCUGAAUAUUUACUAACAUAUACCUUUCCAUCGGAGGAGUAGCAGACACUCUCUGUAGGGGAGCAGUCCACUGCAGACUUGUUCCGGUCCAGCUGCUCCUGGGACCGGUUCUGUUGGACUUCAGAAGCCCAGUACUUGUGCCUCAGACGCCUCUCAGUGCCCAGCUACUCCCAGCUGAAACAGAGCCCAGAAAUGGAGGAGAUCGUGUGGGAACAGUACACUGUAACGCUACAGCGGGACCCCAAGAUGGGCUUUGGGAUGGCAGUGUCAGGGGGGCGGGACAACCCCAACGCGGACAGUGGGGAGACGUCCAUCAUCGUGUCUGACGUGCUGCAGGGGGGCCCCGCCGAUGGACUGCUGUUUGAAAAUGACAGAGUGUUGCUGGUGAACUCCACCGCCAUGGACAAUGUGCCUCAUUCUUUCGCUGUUCAGCAGCUGAGGAAAUGUGGGAAAGUGGCCAAAAUCACAGUGAAGAGGCCACGGAAGGUUCCGGUUAAUGUUCUGAAACGUGCCCCCUCCCCCGACGACCGAGUCUUUAAUGCCUCAGACUACAAUGAUGACUACGACCGACACAGCAUGUACAGCGCCCACAGCGGGUACACCGACUCCGGCUGGAGGGGCUACCCCGGCGACCCCGCCCACGGCCCCGCCCGUGACCACAGCCUGGAGAGAGAGCGCAGUGGCUACCUGGACCCGGAGUACCGAGGCCGCGACUAUGACCGCGACCGUGAAUACGGUCGAGAUCGCAGCAGGGGCAGGAGCAGGGAGCGAGACCUCAGCCCAGAGAGGGAGUACCGCAGAGAUGGCAGCAGGGGGCGCACUCUGGACAGAGACCCCAGCCCCGAGCCGCGUUACCGCAGAGAAGGCAGCAGGGGGCGCACUCUGGACAGAGAUCCCAGCCCCGCCCGAAGCUACAGCCGUGACCCCAGCUACGAGCGCAACCGAGACCCCAGCUACGAGCGCAGGAGGUACGAGCCCCGCCCCCCGGAGCGGCUGGUCAGGAGCCACAGCAGGGACCAGCUGCAGGACCCCCCCUCCCCCACCCCACCCCGCGCAGCUGACCGGGACCGUGAGCAGCUGGAGAAACCAGUCAGUGUUCUCCUGCUGAAGAACCGUCCCAACGAAGAGUACGGCCUCCGUCUGGGCAGUCAGAUCUUCAUUAAGGAGAUGACCAGCACGGGCCUGGCCUCCAAACAGGGUAACCUGCAGGAGGGAGACAUCAUUCUCAAGAUUAACGGGACGGUGACAGAGAAUCUGUCCCUGGCAGACGCGGGGAGGCUGAUAGAGAAGUCCCGCGGGAAGCUGCAGCUGCUGGUGCAGAGGGACCGCCGGCAGGUUCUGAUCCGAAUCCCACCGCUGGCCGACAGCGACUCGGAACCUGACGACAUCUCGGAGAUCGAGUCGUAUCGCUCCUACUCCCCAGAGGAGGACCGCCAGUCGCACCACUCUGACCUGUCCUCCCACUCCUCCAAUGAGAGACUGCGAGACAAGCCCAGGGACGACCCCCCCAGCAGGCUGGUUAAGAUGGGGGCCAUGCCAACUCCUUUCAAACUGCCCGAGGAGCACCUGCCUGCUGCUGAGAAGAGGGAGGAGCCACGUUCUGAGGAGCCUCCAGCAGCCAUCGUCAGCGCUGCCCCGCCUGUCCCCAAGGUUCUGCUCCGCCCAAGCCCCGAGGACCUGGAGAUAUACGGGCCGAACACAACGAUGGUGAAGUUUCAGAAGGGCGAGAGUGUGGGCCUGCGGCUGGCGGGGGGAAACGAUGUGGGCAUCUUCAUCGCAGGGCUGCAGGAGGGCAGCCCUGCCGAGCAGGAGGGCCUCCGCACCGGCGACCAGAUCAUGAAGGUGAAUAACACAGACUUCAGGGGCAUGGUCAGAGAGGAGGCCGUGCUCUUCCUGCUGGAGACCCCCAAAGGAGAGGAGGUCACCAUACUGGCACAGAGCAAGUCUGACGUUUAUAAGGACAUCCUGGCGUCUGGGCGCGGCGACUCCUUCUUCAUCCGCACUCACUUUGAGUACGAGAAAGAGACGCCCCAGAGCCUGGCUUUCGGCCGUGGCGAGAUCUUCAAGGUGGUGGACACCCUGUACGACGGCAAGCUGGGCAGCUGGCUGGCCAUCCGCACAGGCAAGGACAACCAGCUGCUGGACAAGGGCAUCAUUCCCAACAGGAGCAGGGCGGAUCAGAUGGCCAACGUGCAGAAUGCCCAAAGGGCUGCUGGGAAUGACCGGGGAGACUUCUGGAGGCUGAGGGGUCAGAGGGCAGUCAAAAAGAAGGACCUUCGCAAGAGCCGAGAGGACCUGACAGCCACGCCCCUCAUCACCCGCUUCCCUGCUUAUGAGAGGGUGGUGCUGAGAGAGGCUGGCUUCAGAAGGCCGGUGGUUCUGUUUGGACCGAUCGCAGACGCAGCCAAUGAGAAGCUGGCUGCCGACCAUCCUGAUGACUUCGUCAUUGCCAGGACAGAACCGAAAGAUGCCGGUUCAGAUCAGUCCUCAGGAGUGGUGAGGCUCAACACUAUUCGCCAGAUCAUUGAGCAGGAUCGCCACGCCCUGUUGGAUGUCACACCCAAAGCUGUGGACACCCUGAAUUACACGCAGUGGUACCCCAUCGUCAUCUUCUUCAACCCCGACAGCAAGCAGGGCGUGAAGACCAUGCGGAACCGGCUGAUUUCCAGCUCCAACCGCAGCGCGCGGAAGCUGUACGAGCAGGCGGUCAAGCUGAGGAAGACCUGCGCACACCUCUUCACCGACACAAUAGAGCUGAACUCUGCAAAUGAUGCCUGGUACGGGAGUCUGAAAGACUCCAUUCAAGAGCAGCAGAACCGCGCGGUGUGGGUGUGUGAGGGCAAGCUGGAUGGGUCGGAGGACCUCGAUCUCCACGACGACCGCAUGUCAUAUCUGUCGGCCAUGAGCGCAGACUACCUGAGCAUGGACAGCCGGCUGACCAGCGACUACGACGACACGGCGGACGAGGGCGGGGCCUACACCGAUAACGAGCUGGACGAGCCAAUCGACGAGCCCCAGCCACAGGUGUCAGCCAUCAGCCGCUCCUCAGAGCCCGUCCUGCCAGAAGAGCCCAUACACAGGCCUGCCCCAGAGCCGCGGACUCGCAUGAAGAGAUCUGGGAGUCGUGAGGUUCUGAGAGACCCCAGCCCGCCCCCCUCUUUUGUCCCGGAACCCCCGAAGGCCAGGGUUCAGUCCCAACAGGACAGCAGCCGCAGCGGAGAUUCCCAUGUCAGCAGUGACCACGCCCACAGCCAGGAGUCCUCGGGGGGCAAGCCGCCGCCCCCUCCCGUGGCCCUCAAACCUGCCCACGGGCUCCACGGGGCCCGAGGCCCCUCCAGCAGCCAGGACUCAGACAGCGAGGACCCUGCGCAGAAGUCCUUCCUGGGGAAGGUGAAGGCCUUUGAGAAGAUGGAUCACCAGGCCAGGGCACAGAGAGUGCUGGAGCUCCAGGAGGCACAGAACGCCAGGGUGGAAAUCGCACAGAAGCAUCCAGACAUUUACGCCAUUCCUAUCAAACCCCAGAAACCCAACCACAACCGCCCACAGCCCAUCGGUUCCAGCUCGAACCCUGAGCCCCAGACUCCGCCCCCGAAGCUGGCAUACGAGAGCCGAUCACACUACCACGGUGAGGAAGAGGAGGAUGAGGAAGAGUACCGAAGGCAGCUGGCCAAUAAGACCAAGGGCUACUACACCAACCCACAGAAGUAUAAGGACACUGAGCUGUAGCAGAUCCCGCCCACAUCCAUACCCAUGUGCUCUGCCCUGAUCGCCUUCCCCAGCAGGAACAGAAGCUCAGCUCCCCCAGGCCUGUCUCUCCCGGGCACCGCCCCCUCCUCCCCAUGCACCACCCCCUCUCCCCAUGC